UCCCUAACGUCUAAACGGGAAUGUGCAAAAAACGGGGGUGUUUUAAAAAUAUUGAAAUUGUUUUAAGUGAAGUAUUUUAUGGUUGAAAUUGAUCAUAAAGAGUUAUAUUCAUAUUUUACUAUGUAAGUGAAAUGUUAUUUUGCACUAAACAAGCAUUUAAUGCAUUAAAACAAGUUGUUUACCUUUCCAAUAAAACGAAAGUUGACUGACACAGACAACAAUUAUGUGAAGGGGAACAACUCGAUACAAUCGUAAUAGCUCGGCCUCCUCCGUCAAAGCUUCGAGAUAGACCUCGUUUUACAAUCGUAACAACUCGGCCAUGGCCGAAAUGUUCCGAGCGAUUUAAAACUGUGCCCUAAAGCCUUGCAGGUGCCCUUCAUGUCAUUGAGUUGGACCUUGCUCAGCUGCCUGAGGGAGAAGAGGUGUUGAGUAUUUUAAGACAGGAAGUUGCCCCUCUUCAUAUUUGGUACACGUUAGCUCUUGAGUACUACAAACAGAGCAAGAUUGAUGACUUUGUGAAGAUCCUCGAUGCCUCUCGCACUGAUGCCGGCUUUGACUAUGACAACAGUGAGAAAGACCAAAUGAAGGCUCUGGACACACUUGCUGCUUACUAUGUACAGAAGGCACACAGAGAGAAGAAUAAGGACCGGAAGCGAGAGCUGUUCACCCAGGCCACACUGCUCUACACAACGGCUGACAAAAUCAUCAUGUAUGACCAGAACCAUCUGCUGGGGAGAGCGUACUUCUGCCUGCUGGAGGGGGACAAGAUGGACCAGGCUGAUGCCCAGUUUAACUUUGUCCUCGGACAGUCUGCAAACAAUAUUCCUUCACUCCUUGGCAAGGCGUGUAUUGCCUUCAACAAGAAGGAGUUCCGCGGGGCCCUGGCCUACUAUAAGAGGGCCCUGAGAACCAACCCAGACUGCCCAGCGUCUGUCAGGCUGGGCAUGGGACACUGCUUCAUCAAACUGAACAAGAUAGACAAGGCUAGGAUGGCAUUUGAGCGAGCUCUGCAGUUGAACCACCAGUGUGUGGGAGCCCUGGUUGGGCUGGCCAUUCUGGAGCUGAACGCCAAGACCCAGGAGUCCAUCAAGAACGGGGUGCAGCUCCUCUCCAAAGCCUACACCAUUGACUCCACAAACCCCAUGGUCCUCAACCACCUCGCAAACCACUUCUUCUAUAAGAAGGACUACCAGAAGGUUCAGCACCUGGCCCUGCACGCCUUCCACAACACUGAGAAUGAAGCCAUGAGGGCAGAGAGCUGUUACCAGCUUGCCAGGGCCUUCCAUGUGCAGGAGGACUAUGACCAGGCGUUUCAGUACUACUACCAGGCCACACAGUUUGCCUCGCCUAACUUUGUGCUUCCCUUCUUUGGUCUCGGACAGAUGUACAUAUACAGGGGAGAUAAUGAAAAUGCUUCCCAGUGUUUUGAGAAGGUGCUGAAAGCCCAGACCAACAACUACGAGGCCAUGAAGAUCCUGGGAUCUCUAUAUUCCAACUCUACAGAACAUGCCAGGAAAGAAACAGCAAAGGCUCAUCUGAAGAAGGUAACAGAGCAGUUUCCAGAUGACGUGGAGGCAUGGAUCGAGCUGGCCCAGAUCCUGGAGCAGACUGACGUGCAGGGUGCCUUGUCCGCAUAUGGCACAGCAACACGCAUACUCAAGGAGAAGGUUGAGGCAGACGUACCCCCGGAGAUCCUCAACAAUGUUGCCGCACUGCACUUUAGGCUAGGAAACCUGCAGGAUGCCAAGAAAUUUUACACAACCUCCCUGGACCGUUCACGUGCGGAAGCUCAACACGAUGAAACAUAUUACAGCGCCAUCUCUGUCACGACAACCUACAACCUGGCACGUCUUCACGAGGCUACACACGAGUAUGACGAGGCCGAAAGGCUGUAUAAAACCAUCCUGCGUGAACAUCCCAAUUAUGUGGACUGUUACCUUCGCCUUGGCUGCAUGGCUCGUGAUCGUGGGCAGAUCUAUGAAGCCUCUGAUUGGUUCAAGGAGGCUCUGCAAAUCAACCAGGACCACCCUGAUGCCUGGUCACUGAUUGGAAAUCUCCAUCUUGCGAAGCAGGAGUGGGGUCCGGGACAGAAAAAAUUUGAGCGUAUCCUUGCCCGCCCCAGCACCAAGGAUGAUGCUUACUCCCUCAUAGCCCUGGGUAAUGUCUGGCUCCAGACGCUACACCAGCCCAUGAAGGACAAAGACAAGCAAAAACGCCACCAGGACCGAGCCCUGGCCAUGUACAAGAAUGUGCUCCGGAAUGAUGACCGAAACAUCUGGGCAGCUAAUGGAAUAGGAUGUGUGCUGGCACACAAGGGCUGUAUCAAUGAGGCCCGUGAUGUGUUUGCCCAGGUUCGUGAGGCUACUGCGGACUUCUGUGAUGUGUGGCUGAACAUUGCACACAUCUAUGUGGAGCAGAAACAAUAUGUAGCUGCUGUACAGAUGUACGAAAACUGCUUGAAGAAAUUCUUCAAAUACCACAACACUGAGGUGAUGGUCUACCUGGCUCGAGCCUACUACAAGUGUGGCAAGCUGCGGGAAUGCAAAAACAUACUGCUUAAGGCGCGGCAUGUCUCUCCGAGUGAUACUGUUCUGCUGUACAAUAUCGCUCUUGUCCAGCAGAAACUGGCUACAUCCAUCCUUAAGGAUGAGAAGAGCAGUCUGAAAACUGUCCUUUCUGCUGUACGUGACCUCGAACUAGCUCACAGGUACUUUUCCUACCUGAGUCAUCAUGGAGACAGAAUGAAGUUUGACCUUGCGCAGGCUGCUACAGAGGCUAGGCAGUGUUCCGAUCUGUUGUCCCAAGCCCAGUACCACGUGGCUCGGGCCCGGAAGAUUGACGAGGAGGAACAGGAACUUCGUAAGCACAGGGACGAAGAACGUGCGGCUGUCCGGCAGAGAUUUAACGAGGAGAAGGAGGCUCGUAGAAGGAAGAAGGAGGAACAGGAGAAACUCAUGAUGGAACGCAGACAGGUGUUCGUAGAUAAGGCAAAGACAAUGGUCUUCGAAGCUGAGCCUGAGGAGCGCAAGUCUUCCAAAUCAAAGAAUCGCCGACGUGAUGACGGGGAAAUAUUGUCGGAGAACAGCGAGGAUGAAAGACCACGCAAGAAGAAACGAGGCAAGAAGGGAGGCCGGGAAGAAGACUCGGACAGUGGAAGUGACGAGAACGCAGCACGUAAAUCAUCACGCAAACCACGCAAGGAGAGGGGCAAGAAGAAGGAGCCUAAGGACAAGAAGAAGAAAAAGGUGUUGGAUGACGACGGGCUGUCGGCCAAACAGCGUCGUAAGAUUGUCUCCAAGGCCAUGAUAUCUUCCAGCGAGGGCUCAGAGUCGGAGGGGGAGAAACUCAAAAUUGAUGUCGGAGCGGACAGUGGCAGUGAUGAAGGUGGCAAUGUGGGCAAGAGGAGGAGAAUCAUGUCCUCUGACAGUGAAGGUGAUGGUGGCUCGGUGCACCGCUCAAGGUCAAGGUCACAGAGCGGAAGUAGGUCAGGGUCAGCCAGCCGCUCUAGAAGUAGGUCAGGCAGUAGAUCUGGGGGUGUCAGUCGCUCAAGGUCACGCAGUGGGUCACGAUCAGGGUCUGCAAGGUCGAGGUCAGUUUCAAGGUCAAGAUCACGGUCAAAGUCUGGGAGCAGGUCAAGGUCGGGAAGCCCUGCUGGGUCACCAAGGUCACCUGCAGGUUCAGGCAGUGGGCGGUCAAGGUCACCAAGCCCAAACAGGUCAAGGUCAGGUAGUCCGGCUGGCUCACCUACAGAAUGACAGUAGACAAAUGUGAGUUACAGUCAAUGUCAGAUGGCUCUCAACUGGGCCCUUCUUUUUCUGAAUAUGUUCUCUCAUCGUCACAGUUUUAUAGUGCCAUCAUGAAGUUCAUGAGUAAUAUAUGUAAGGCAUACAGACAUAGUGUCCAACAAGUGCUUCUCCCAGAGCUCAAGGUUUAUAAAAUAAUAUGUUGGGCUGCCAAAACUUCAAGAAUAACUUGCUUGUUAUCGCUAUGUUCAGGUUUUAUAGUGCUGAAUGUUUGUUUACACAGUUAAGGUACACACACAUCUAGUAUCACCCGAAAUGUCAGCCUGAAUUGUUUUAUAAAUUGUACUUAUUACUCUGCUCAGGUUGUAUUUUCUAUUGCGUAUCAAAACCAGCUGUAUAGAGAUGUUUUGAGUUCAGCUGUAUAGAGAUGUUUUGAGUUCAUCUGUAUAGAGAUGUUUUGAGUUCAGCUGUAUAGAGAUGUUUUGAUUUCAGCUGUAUAGAUAUGUUUUGAGUUCAGCUGUAUAGAGAUGGUUUGUGUUCAGCUGUAUAGAGAUGUUUUGUGUUCAGCUGUAUAGAGAUGUUUUGUGUUGGAAAUGUCUAUUUAUCUUUGACAGUUAAGUGUUCCAUGGCUCGACAUGUCUUUUGAUAAAACAGCAACAACAUGGGUAGAUACUAAUUGUUCAUAACUGUUAAAGUUAACAACUCGAUUAACGACAUUGUUGUUAACUUUUCAAGAGGAACUAUUUAAUGAUGUGCUCAUUUUAUUCAAAUAAAGAAAAAACAGCUAAAACAGUUAUCUAUAAUCCUGUUAGAAAUGCUGCAGAUCACAAGUGUGUCCAUUAAGCUUCCAGUGGAAAAAGGAUUUGAAAGUUAACAAUCAUUACAUUAAUAACGUUGUUAUUUUUAACAUAGUUUUGAACAAUCUGCCCAAUGUGUACUAUUAUGCAUAUGGGUUUAUUAUACUUUAAGUACUGAUAUGUUAAAGUUCCUUUCCAUAAUUGUAUUUUCGUAUUUCAUAACCAUAAAAUGCUCCAGUUUAUUACAGAGAAUGCCCUACUUGUACUGUACUGGUAUAAUUUCUAGGUCUGCAGAAAUGAUGUGACUUUCCUUGGCUUCGUGUCUGACUUCUCAUGUUACCAUGAUAUUAUGGUGAAAAAAUUGUUUUUAUCAGGAGUAAUUCAGAAACCUUGAGGCAUAAACGUCCUAUUAUUACUGUGAAAAAUGUUGCUUUUCAGCCAAUGAUGUUGAAAGGAACUAAAAUAGCUGUAUAUAUGUUUUGAAUUCUUCUCAUGUACAGUUCUAGAACCAUUAUUAUGAACAGUCUAGACACAUACUCAGUAAAGAAUUCUUUUUGAAUGAACAAAAACUCAUUAUUUUAUCGUUUUCUUUUACAAAAGCAGUUGUAAAAUUAAAUUGAACGUUAAAUUUGAAAUAUUAAUGGUAAUAUUAAUCAGUAAAUUUUACCAUCAAUGCUUUGCCAGAAGGAAAGUUAAAAUGAAGAUUUGCAAAGGCGAGUCUUGAAUCUGAACUUGGGACUGUUCGUAAUAACUGCCCAAAGUUUUCAUUAAAGUAAUAUUAUUUUAUUUUAUUUUUCUACUUCUUUUCACAACAUUCUUGCUUCCAAUGAAACACCGGCCCCAAUUUUUUGGACCUUUUUAAACUGACCUUAUUUCAAUUAGCUGAAAUACAUUCUCUAAAUUAAUUUUCAUGAAUGAAAAAUGGAUAAUUCCUAAUUUAAAUCUAAAACUAUAAAAAAAAGAAGAAAAAAAAGAGUAAAUUUUACACGAUUAAUAGAACAAAAAGUGAACUUAGGAUGUUUUUUUCUACCUUUCCAUUCCUGCUCUCCGUUUCAAUAAAGAUUCGAAAGGCUUCAGAUCAUAACUUUUUAGGCGUAACUCUGUUUUUGGAUUAAGCUGCAUUUUAAUAAAAAUGUUGUAAGGACAUUUAUCAGACUGAUCCUGCCCUUAACUUAACAGUUGAACACAAGCACUCUUUAAGCUGUUUAAGGUUUGCGAUUAAGAUAUGGUAUUGACACGUGCUUUUGGACACUGCAUAUGUUAUAAUAAACAUUCACAUGUUGUGUACUUUAUCUCAAUACGAUAUGGUUAAAACUAUGAAGCAUUUAAGCCGAAAAGCUGUUUAUGAUCUAAACUUUUGAAAAAGAGGUAUUUUGAAUUUUGUAUAUAUUUUGCAUGGUGUCUUUGACAUUGUGUAGCGAAGAAGAUGUUAAAUAUACAAUGUAUAUACAUGUAUGUCUAAACUUUGUAAAUAGGAUCUUUUCUUUUCUUUUGUAUUUGUUGGAAUUUCUCAAAAAAUCUUUCAUUGCACAAUAAUGUUAAAUAAAAAUCCCUGUUGUGCUUAAUUGUUUUGAUUUCCAUCAUUUUUGAUUACCAUCAUUUUUGAUAAAUGUUUUGUUCUGUGUUUAAGGUGUUAAGUUCACUCAAUUAAGACAACAUAUUUUUCCGAAGAAUGAUCAGUUUAUCAACCGUAUAGUUGUCUGUUCUGUUAAAGCUGCACUCUCACAGAUUGACUGUUUUGACAUCGUUUUUAUUUUUUUGUUUUUGAAUGAGCCAAUUCUGCAUAAAUAUCUUGACACCAGUGAUAUAAGACUGCUGACAAAAGAUCAGAUCGCUAUUGUUCAUAAUUAUGUUAAAGAAAAUGUUUUUAAUGGCUAAAAGCAUUACUAACGCUUUAAAAAAAGUGAAACUUUCGGCAUUUUACCAACCAGUUAAGAUCUGUUCUAUUGUGAUUUAUCUUAUAUGACUGAAUUAAAAGCAUUGAUGCCAAAAUCAGCCAAUUCUGAGGCAAAAAAAAGAAUGUCAAAACUGACAUUCUGUGAGAGUGCAGCUUGAAGAGAACAAAUACUUUUGGAAACAUUCUGGAUUUUAAGGCUGUAAAAAAUAGCUGUAUUGAACAAUAGUACUUAUUAAAUACAAGUUAUGCUCUGGAAAUUUUCCUUGUCUUUGUCAAAAUGUUAUAUUCAAUGGUAUUACUUACAGCAUCUGUUUUAUUGGUAUUAUUCAAAGCUGCUUUCUCACAGAUGACCACUUUGACAACUAAUAUAUUUUCUGUCUUUGAAUGAACCAAUUUUGGCAUAAAUAUUUGGAAACCAGUGAUAUAAUGCUGGUGACAUAAUGUCAGAUCAAAGUUCUUAACAUUUACAUUCGAAAAUUUAAGUUUUAUGGCUAAAAGCGUUAUUAACACUAAAAAAAUACAUUUUUUUUGCAUAAAAUAUCCAUUGUAAUUAUGAAAAACUGUGAUCUGAUCUUUUGUCAGCAGUCUUAUAUCACUGGAUUUCCAAACCUUCAUGCAAAAAUUGGCUCUUUCCAAGACAAAAAAUAUGUCCAAAGGUUCCAUCUGUGAGAUUGCAGCUCUAAGACUUGUCUCUGAAAUUUAUUGUACCGUAUAUUAUGGUAAGUCAUUGAUUUUCUUAUGGAAAUGUGUUAACUUUGAAUGGUGAUUGAUAUGACAAUAAAAGAA